AUGAAGAUUCUUUCCUUAAACUGCUGUGGGCUUAAAGCCAAUGGAAAGUCUGGUAAUAUAAAGGAUCUUUUGCAAAAGGAGAAGUGUUCGGUGUUGGGUUUGCAGGAAACAAAAUGCGAUGGGCUUUCAGAUGCUUGGUUUGCGUCAAUUUGGGGAUGCAGGAGUUUUGGCUAUGUUCUUGUGAGCGCUUCUGGUCGUUCCGGGGGUAUUCUUUUAUCUUGGGAUGAAAGUGUCUUCCUUAAAGAGUCUGAAUUGAAGGGUGACCAUUUUUGUGGGGCAGUUGGUUCAUGGCAAAACGUGGAUAAGAAAGUUGGCCUGAUAAAUGUCUAUAAUCCUCAAGCUCAUUUGCAAAAGGUAAGAGUCUGGGAGGAUCUUAGCUCGGUGAUUUUAAGCGCUCCGGAUGUUAUCUGGGUGAUUUUGGGGGAUUUUAUUGCGGUUCGUCAUCCUGAAGAAAGAAUGGGAUCUAUUUUCGACUCUAAAGAGGCUUCAGAUUUCAAUAAUUUUAUAUCCUCCUCUGGGCUUCUUGAUAUUAAUUUCUGCGGCAGACGCUUCACCCGAUUUAGCAAGGAUGGUUCAAAGAUGAGCAAGCUUGAUCGCUUUCUGGACUGCGCAUUAACUUAUCCAAAUGCAAUCUCUUUGGUAUUGGUGUCUCGGAGGCAGAAGUCAAUAAUAUGGCAGUUAUGUUAA